UUAUUAGAAAAUGAAUCCAAGUACCUGGUGUGGGAAGAGAACAUACAACAUUCUGAUCUUCCAGUAUGAAAGAUGAUGGAAAACUUGACGUCCAGCUUAGAGGUCUUUCUUAAAUUGACUGACUAGGACAGUGAAGAGGACUGCACCUUUUAAAUCAGGAUUCAGUAUGGCAUCAUCUGUUGGAGAAAGCCAGCUUCAAAGGAUUAUCCGAGAUUUGCAAGAUGCUGUGACAGAGUUAAGCAAAGAAUACAGGGAAAAUGGUGAACCGGUGACCGAUGACAGUACCAGCUUGCAUAAGCUUUGUUUCAAACUGGAAUACCUUUUACAGUUUGACAAGAAAGAGAGAUCAACCUUUCUUGGAAACAGAAAAGACUACUGGGAUUAUUUUUGUGACUGCCUGGCCAAAGUAAAAGGAGCUAAUGAUGGAAUCCGCUUUGUCAAAUCUAUUCCUGAGCUGAAAACAUCUCUUGGGAAGGGAAGAGCAUUCAUCCGAUAUUCCCUAGUGCACCAGCGACUUGCUGACACCCUACAACAGUGUUUGAUGAACAAGAGUAUAACAAGUGAAUGGUACUCUGCCAGGAGCCCCUUUCUCAGCGUGCAUAUGAGCUCUGAACUUGUUAACAGCCUGUAUGAGUUGAAUGAUGUUCAGUUUGACAUAGCUUCCAGGGGACAUGAUUUAGAUGCAGCAUGGCCUACAUUUGCAAGACGGACUUUGGCUUCUACAAACUCACCAGCACACUUGUGGAGACCUCCAAGUCGCAGCUCAAGCAUAAGCAGCUUGGUGAACACUUACUUACAGGCUCAUGACUUUACAUCCAGUCCAGAUGCAAAUAGUUCCCUUCUUACUGAGCAGUUGGAGACUGUGGAUGAAUUACGCAUAGAACUUGACCAGUCAGAAUUGAAGCAGAGGGAUAUGCAGGAGCGUAUUCAACAGCUUGAGAAAGAAAACGAGAGACUGCAAAAAGCAACUGAAUUGCUACAGACAGAAGUGGAAAAGGGGGACAGUGAAAAUGUUAGUGAAGAAAACUUUAAAACAACAAUGCAAGAAAUACCACAAAUGUGUGGAAAUGUAUUAUAUAAUCAGAACACUAUUCAGGAUUUACAAGAAUGUCUGAAAACUUUAGAACUAACUGCAGCUAGAAAACAACAGGAGUACCACACCAUGAUUGAAGAACUGAAAGAAAAUAACAAAGACAGUGCAUUAAAACUGCAAACUUUGGCUCACGAGCUGGAAGCACUGAAAGCUGCAGAGAAGCUAAAAGAUGUCCGGAUUGAAGAAUUGCAAGAGAAACUGCAUAGUGCAGAACAGAGAAAUGUGGAGCUGUCAGAGAAAAUGAAUGUGGUGCUGAAUGAAAAGGGGCAGCAAACAGCUGACCACUAUGAAUCUGCAGUGAAGAUACAUGAACUGCUGGACAAACUGAAUCAGGCAGAAAAGGAGAAGAUUGAAAUGCAGAAAAAUAUUAUUGAAUUGGAAUCUCAGGUUAAAACCGUAAAUAAUGAACUUGAACACAAAAGGAUAACAGUAGCAGAACUGGAGUCAGAAUGCAAUGCCCUGGCUUUGCGCUCUGGUGAAGAAAAUCAAAAAUUUUCCAAGAAAAUUGAGGAUCUAGAAUGUCUGAUGAAUAAACUUACGGGGUCACUAAGUGUGAAAGAAAAGGAAGCAGCAAAUUUACAGAUGCAGCUGCAGGAUUCAGUCAGGUAUGCUGAAAUGCUAGAAAAAGAAUGGGAAGAGAAGGUUGAGUAUGAAAGAAGAGAAAAAGAUGAACUACAAAAACAAUAUGAUAAUAGGGAAGAAACACUACAAGAACAGAUAACAUCUCUUUCAGAAAAAAUAAAAUAUCAGGAGAAUGACAUGUUAAUGGUUGCUAAAAGUAUAUGCCUUCUAGAAGAGCAAAAUAGUACACUUAUUUCCGAAAAAGAAAGUAUGAUUAAAAUGAAUAAAGAGCUGGAGGAAGAUGUAAGAAUACAGGGACUAACAUUAGAAAAAGACAGUGAGGAGUUAAGCUUGCAAAUUACACCAAGGGAACAUAAAUCACUAGAAGAUGAACUGUCUAAGCUUCAGACUGAAAAUGCUGAGCUAAAGCAAAGGGGGAUUAAUGUGAACAGUGAACUGGUGUUGCUGCAGACAGAAUAUCAGAAUACAAAACAGGAGAUUUUACAGCUGAAGAAGGAUUUGCUUUUACAGAAGGAACAUGAAGAAAGUCUUAGUGUCAAGAUAGCAGAGCAGCAAAAUAUUGUAUUAGACAAAGAGAACUUAUGUAAGCAACAUUUACAAGACCUGCAAAAUGAUGAAGACCAAGUAAAGUUCUCAGAAAAAGAACAACUAAGUCUAGAAAAGAAGUGCUUACAACAGGCAGAAGCCAAAGACACCCCCAUUGUGGAGAAGGCUUCAGUCGAGAGAAUAGAGCUGGAACAGAAAGCUUUCCAGGAGAAAGAUGUAGCAGAGCUUAAUACAAGACUUGAAUUUAUGGAACAACAAUUGAACACUCAUGUUAAUGAGUUAUCCAGGUUACAGGAUGAACUUUUAAAGCUCAGGAGCAAACUACAGCAAGCUUUAGAUGAAAAAGAAAAAAUGUGUGCAACUUUAGAGGUUACAGAAAAGUCACUAGAAGAACAUAAAGCAUUACUUCAGCAGCUAGAAGAGCAAGUUGAAUCACUAAACAGAGACCAUGUACAGGGAAUUCUGCAGAGUAAAGAAAGGGAGAAGGAGAUUCAGAAAGAAAAACAAGAAGGGGAUCUGAAGUUUGCAGAAAUGGAAAACGGUCUACUUGCUUUACAGGAAGAGCUGUCAUCAGUGAAGCAGAAUCUGGAUAAAUCUGAGUUAGAAAAUGUUGAAUUGAAAGAUCUCCUUCACAGGGCAAAUAUUCAAACAGCAGAAUUAGGCAUACAGAUUUGUAGUCUCUCCUCUGAAAAAGACGAUGCUGAACAAAAAGUUGCAAAUGUUUCUCAUCAACUUGAACAAUUAAAAGAACAGAUAACAGCGGAGAGAGAGAAGUUCACACAGGAUGCUUCUAACAUGAGAGUGGAGAAAGAAAGUCUUCAGCAGGCCACAAAGCAGUAUGAUGAGUUAAUAGCAGCCAAUCAAGACUUAAAGAAGAAGCUGGGCAAAGCAGAAAAAUAUGUAAAAAGCAUCCAGGAGACCUCCAAAGAGGAGCUGUCUGCUGUUAAGUUUCAGAUGAGCACCGAUGUUAUGAAUUACCAAACACAGUUAAAGAAUACAAAUGAAGAACUGGGGAAUGUGAAGAGUCAGCUGCAAGCACAGAAUGGUCAAGUGGCUGCUUUGCAGCAGCAAGUUGCAGAGUUACAAACUGGAAAUGCUGCUCUAAGAAAACAGCUUGAUGAUAAAAAUGAGCAAGUUGCAAGCUGUCAUCUAACUAUACAUAAAAAGGAUGAGGAAGUGACUCAACUGACAGAAAAUCUUGAAAGAAUCCAAGAAGAGUUGGUGAAAGCACGUAAUUUGGUUAAAGAAGUUCAUACCAAGCUCGAUAAGGAAACUGCUGAUAAAGACAGGGAGAAGAUGAAGCUGCUGGCUGAUUUAGAUGACCUAAACAGAACAAAAUCAACCCUUGAGGAACGAUUAAUUGAACUUAUUAGAGAUAAAGAUGCCCUUUGGCAGAAGUCCGAUGCCUUGGAAUUUGAACAAAAGAUGCGUGCAGAGGAACGCUGGCUUGGUGAUAGAGAAGUUAAUCGAUGCCUGGAUUGUAAGAGCACAUUUACCUGGUUCCUGCGUCGACAUCACUGCAGGCUGUGUGGACGCAUUUUUUGCUAUUAUUGUAGCAGUCAUUUUGUGAUGACAAAACAUAGUGGUAAAAAAGAGCGGUGCUGCCGAACUUGUCUCCAUGAGCACAGUGCUGUAGUGCAGCGAUUAAGUGAGUCUGAAUCCAGUUCAACAAAUAGUCCUGAUCAUUCUCCCUCAUUAGAGACCCAGAGAUCACUGCAGGACAGCAGAGUCACAGUAACUGAAGAAGUACACAGACCACCACUACUAUCUGAAGUAGCUAAACCAGAUGAUGCUACUUUUGACAUCAUCACUGAUGAGGAAGUCUGUGAAGUGAAGGAUAGUGAUUCUUCAUCACAUAGCAGAGAUGAACCUCAGGACAACCAGGAUGAACUUCAAGACCUGCUUGGCACAGAGCAGACAACAGCUUCCAGUCUUGUAUAUGAAAACACAGAGGAGAUCCCUGUUCUGCAGGAUGCUGAAAUAUGUUUACUUAAAUCUGGAGAAGUAUCAACAAGACUGUCUAUGUCCAUUGAAGAGAUUUCUGAGUUUGGAGAUAGCAGAAAGGAACUGUUCAUUAAAUCUAACAGCUACAGUGUUAUUUCAUUAAUGGUCAUAGAAACUGGACUGACUAUAAACUGGGUGUUCUCAUCUGAACCAAAAAGUGUGUCAUUUUGUGUAGUUUACCAAGAAUCUGCUGAGAGCCCUUUGGAACAGAGCGUAGUUUUGAUACCUUUAACUCGCUGCAAUUCCCACAAGGAGACUAUUCAAGGACAACUGAAGGCCAGAAAAUCUGGCAUUUAUUUGUUGAUAUUUGAUAAUAGCUUUUCCAGGUUCGUCUCAAAGAUGGUAUCAUAUCACUUAGCAGUUGAACGUCCUGUGGUCUAUGAUGGAAGUGAUUUCCUUUAAUUCCCAAAGUUCUAUAUUCUAAACCCAAGAAUGAACAUUUUUAGUGUAUGUCUUCAUGGAAAAGAAAUAGUGCAAUAUGAAUAACAUACUAUGCAUAAAAAAAAACCUCUUUAUAGCCUAAUACAGAAAUACACAUGCAGCAGUAUGAAAUUAUGUGCAUAUUCGCAGCUGGCAACCAAAUUUUAAAAGCAAUUAAUGCAGCAAAGUGAGCUAUAACACUAAAAAAUUAGUGUAUGAGUUAUUUCUUAAUCAUACACAUCUUUUUAAUUAUUUUUUUUGCAUGAGUGAGGAUGCAUAAUGGUGUUUAAUAUUAAUACUGCCCAAUGUACGUUCCACUUGUAAACUCCUUGUGAGGAAAGGGCACUGCUGGGUAAAGGGAAAUGGAUUUGCAGUACUAAGACUAUUUUACCUAACUAUGCACUUGACUUUUAUGGAAGAUAAAUGCCUGGAGCUGUUGUUUCUUAAAAAUGGCAAUUUACUUUUCUUCCCAAUAAUGUUGCUGUCUAAAUGUUAUGUGGCUGUGGCAGUACAAAUCACUUGGUUGUCAGAUGUGUAGCUGGAUUCUGAAAACUACUUUACAUGCAGAAUUUGGGCACUCCCUGUAGUAAUUUAUGGAUUUUUGCCCAGAAUUUUGUACUACAAAAGUGUGCAGUUCACAUCUGACAUUGCACAUGUAUUUAAAAGAGUGCAUCUUUAUGUUUAGCAAAGACACUGAUUUUCCAUUUUCCAGAAAAAUACUGUAAAGUACAAAAACAUGAACUGUCAAAAGAACUGGAAAAUGGAUAUUUCAUGAAAUGUGGCAUUUUAAACCACAGCACUAAUUCACCAUAAACUGGAUUUCUUCAGCAGUGUACAGUUCAAAGAACUGCACUCUUGGAAAUGUUAUUCCAUUUUGUACUAACUGCAGAGCAGUCUUGCUGCUUAUUAUGUACCUUUUUUCUUACAGAGUAAGACAAGAUUAUGUCCUGUUUGUCUCACAUCCCUGCAUAUUAUUGUUGACCUUACAGACCAGCACCUGUAUUGCCUUUGGUUUGCAGCUGUGAGUUGUAAGUGCUGUAUCUGAAUAUUUCUUUGUUGAUUUGCUUUGCCAUUGAAUGGGGAAUGAUUUUAUGUUUUUUAAUGUUUAAUGAGUCUACACACUAAAGUAGCUUACAGUGUCAGCAUAGUCCAUGCCAUUUGCGUGUUACAUUUCUCUGGCAUGGAAUAUUCUUAAGGAAUAUCCCAAAAGUU